GUUGGAGCUGCGAUUGAAUGCAGACAAGUAGACUGCGUAGGCCUGGCAAUUGUGCAAGUGGGCUUGAGAGGAAAGUGGGCGGCCUGGGAUGGUCGUGUUAGAGCCAGUACACAAGCGGCGUUGCUCGGGCGACGGCGCAGGCGAGGCCCGGAGCUCUGAGCUCUCCGAUCCCCCACCUCGUCCCCGCGGCUCACGCUGAGACACUUUUUCGUGCACGACGUGCAAACUCCACUGGUUCACGCCUCGCUUCUCGUCAGCCUGACACGUUUGAAUCAUGAUGACGCUCAACGGCGCGCCGGUCGACGCGACUGCCCCCGGCCAUGCAGACACAUCCAUCACCAAGGAUGGCUUCAAGAUCACCACGCGGAAGCUCCCGAUCUUGAAGGCUGGCCCCAUCGAAGACAUGACCAAGAGGCUGGGCAUCGCGCCGCCGGAGAUGAUAUUCGGCGACAACUUCAUGCGCAUUGAGCAUAAGCCCAGCGGCUGGCACAUAGAGUUCAACGCCUUCGAUGCGCUAGACCGCGUGGACAAGACAGGAGACUCUAUGCUGAAGGUGUCCUACUCCAAGGAGUGGCAGCAAAACAGACAAAAGCAGUUCGAAGACAUCAAAGAGGUGGUCAAGCCGUUCGACUGGUCCUACAGCACCGACUACAAGGGCUCAACACCGGAUACUCCCGCGCUUCAACCCACCGAAACCCCGAUACCACUCGCGCUGCUCAAGCGCCCCGACCCGAUCCACUUCUUCGACGACGUCAUGCUCUAUGAGGACGAGCUCGCGGACAACGGCAUCGCCAUGUACUCAUGCAAGAUCCGCGUUAUGCCUGCGAGACUCCUGCUCCUGGGUCGCUUCUUCAUGAGGCUGGACGAUGUGCUAUUUCGGAUACGAGAUACCAGGGUGUUCGUCGAGUUCGCGACAGGGGAGGUGAUCAGGGAAUAUACCGCCCGGGAAGAGAAGUAUGAGACUGUGCGGAAGACGCUGGCAGGUACCAGAGAGGAUGUGCUCUCCAUCAUGAGAGACCCGAAUCGCUUGGCCGAGUUCAUACCCGUGGUCGAGAAGUCAUCAGACAGGGUGGUUUUGAAAUGAGUGAACGCGGGAUAUCUUCGCGAAUGAUACCGGCACAUAUGAAUGAAAGAUUACGGGGUUGUCUGGGAUUCAUUACUGCUCCCGGAGACUGAGCAGCCUGGGGGUUAGUCAACUCUCAGAAGACCAAACAAUCUCCGGACAGUCUAAGAAGGCCCGGUCAGCCUGUUGGAUAAGCAGAGCGACCUGGAAUACUUCCACAAGGCACAGAAGCACGCACCGGAGCGAAGGACGUUCCCACGGCAUAGUGCUCA